GACAGACUGGUAUCGGGGCGCCCAAUCAUCGCCAUGGCUACAGAGUCGGCACCGGCUGCGCUGCACCCCUAUUGGCCCCGGGACCUGCGGCUGGAGGGGUACCGGCCCAAUGAGCGCUCGGUGGGGGAGAUACUGGCCUUCCUCUUCUCCGUGUCGGGGGCGCUGUUGCUGGGCAUGUGGCUCCUGACGGGAAGGGCCCGGGGCAUGGGCACUGGCCGCCGAUUGGCCGUCUGUUGGUUCACAGUCUGCACCUUUAUCCAUGGGGUAAUUGAGGGCUGGUUCUCCCUGUACUACCGGGAACUGCCCCGGGACCAGGCCUUCCUCUCCCAGCUCUGGAAGGAAUAUUCCAAAGGGGACAGCAGAUAUGUCUCGUGAG